AUGGACCCAAAUCCGCAAUCAUACAUUCUGUCCCAGUCCGAGUUGAGAGCAAUAUUCGAGCGGGACAUCGUCCCCGCCGAACUGGAAACAGGCAAACUGCGAACUCGUCUGGCCACCAAUGCGGAAACAACCCAACGCCCCCUUGCUGUUCUCGUCGUGGGCCAAACCGGCGCAGGCAAGACUCGGAUCGCGCCCACCAUAAAGCAGGCGAUUCGGUCCUGCCGCGGCGAGCCAGCCCACUUCAUCGCUGACACGUACAAAACGUACCACCCAGCCUACACGCGCCUCAUCGUCGAGCGUCCAGCUCUGGCAUCUCCAGCAACCAGGACCGACGCCCGCCGUUGGCUCGCCAUGGCAGCUGCCUACGCUGUGGCACGGCGCAUCGACGUCCUGCUCGAGUCGGCGUGCCGAAACCCGGAAGACUUUGUGGAUCUGACCCAGGCGUUCCACGAGGGGGGCUACCGGGUCGAGGUAGUUAUCAUGGCGGUGCCGAAGGGCUUGAGCCGAUUGGGUAUCCUCACGCGGUUUUAUGAAAAACUACCUGAAGCCGGGUCGGGAAACCUGCCCGUGAGGCUCACCCCGAAGACUGUGCAUGAUGAUUCUUAUGAGCAUAUAUUCGAUGCGGCGGCCGUUGCCGAUGGGUCGGUGGCUAUAGAUCAGAUUGUUGUCAUGCGGAGGGAUAAUGUCGUGGCGUAUGCGAACGAGCGGGUUGGCAGCGGCGAGUGGAGAAAAAGAGCGGCCGCGGCGGAGGCUAUACGUACGGAAAUAGGUCGCCCUCUCCUACCGACGGAGCGGUCCAUUGCUUAUGAAGACCUGGAUAAGUUGAGGAAACGAAAGGUUCCCGAGUUGGCAUCUCAGGUCACUGAGAUUGAGACUCUGCUCGAGGCGAUUCUCACAAAGGCCAAUGACACAGAUUUACCAUCGUUACGACCAUUGUCAUUACCCAGUGGUAACAAUGAAACAGACAAGGUCAAUCUUGAUAAGUUGGAUCUGAGACUCGGACUGUAUCUCUCCUGA